AUGUCUACCCCAAGCGAUGCUACCAGCACAGACCUCAACGGCAACUCCCACCCCAAAGUGGUCAGCCCCUAUAAACUCGCGCACGUAGUCCUCCGCACCUCGCAAUAUAAAACCAUGCUCGGCUUCUAUCGCACCUUUCUCGGUGCCAGCGUGCCUUUUGACAACGGCGAGCUGGGCUUCCUCCGCUACGACGACGAGCACCAUCGGAUUGCGAUCGCCGGCCUCCCCAACACGGAGCCCAAGCAUCCCCUAUCCUCCGGCCUGUGGCACAUAGCCUUCACCUUUCGCACGCUCGAGGAUCUGCUUACCGCCUACACGCAGCGCAAAGCUCACGGGAUCCUCCCGAAAUGGUGUGUCAACCAUGGACCGACAACAAGUAUGUACUAUCUCGAUCCUGACGGGAAUCAGAUUGAGACGCAGAUCGAUAAUUUCGAGGGGCUGGAGGGAGCGGAUGCGUAUAUGCGGUCGCACAGCUUUGAGGAAAAUCCGAUUGGUGUGGACUUUGAUCCGGAUGAAUUGGUUGAGAUGUUGAAGAAGGGGGUAGAUGAAGACGUGAUCAAGAGGAGAAUUGAUGCUGGACCGAGGGACUUGAAGGAUCUUCCGGCGGGAAUUGUACCUGUUGCUUAA